AAGGCAGCGCCUACACAAACCUCGGCUGUCGGACACUGAAAGCAACAAGCUUGACUGGACAGGACGUCGCCCACUGCUGCAUUGCUGAGAAAUCAUUAAUUGAGAGCACAGUUCCGGGAAUAACAACACAAGAGGUUGACUUUGUCGUGCUAAACGUUGGUCUGGAAAAACAGGUGACGUUUCCAGUAAAUUCAGGGCAACUACCCAGAACUGAGCUGAAUUGGAGGAAGGAAGAUGACGGCGGGGUAUAAAGAUGACAAGGAGGACUGGCAGGCCGUGUGUCUCAAGUACCUGCUCUUUGUAUUCAACUUUCUCUUCUGGAUGGGUGGAGCAGCUGUCUUAGGUGUUGGAGUCUGGACACUGGUGGAGAAAAGUGACUACUUGAGUCUGCUGGCAUCCAGCACUUUUGCUGUCUCAGCGUAUAUCCUCAUCCUGGCUGGAAGCUUGGUGGUGGUUACAGGCUUUCUGGGCUGUUGUGCUGUCAUCCGGGAGCAGAAGAGCUGUCUGUCCACGUACUUCCUCUGUCUGUUGCUGAUCUUCCUGAUUGAACUGGUUGCCGGAGUAUUGGCUUACGUCUAUUACCAAAAGCUGAGUGAAGAGCUGAAGCACCAUCUCAACCAGACUAUGACUGAGAACUACGCCCAGCCAGGGAAGGGGGACAUCACUUUAGCAGUGGACAAACUACAACAAGACUUCAAGUGCUGUGGCAGCAACAACUCCCGUGAUUGGUUGAUGAGUGUUUACAUAUCAUCAAAGCCGGCAGAGAGCAGGGUGGUGCCUGACAGCUGUUGUAAAACCAUCAUCCCUCUGUGUGGCAAGAGAGACCACCCCUCCAACAUCUACAAGGUCGAGGGAGGAUGCAUCACCAAGCUGGAGCAGUUUCUGGCCGACCACCUGCUGAUCAUUGGUGCUGUGGGAAUAGGCGUGGCUUGUCUGCAGAUCUGUGGCAUGGUGUUCACCAGCUGCUUGUACAGAAGGAUCAAGACGGACCCUUACUGAGCACACCAGACAUCCCCGACACACCAACUACGACAGGCAGACGGACCAAUGACCUGCUGACAUCUUCAAUUCAACCUUCUGGAUCUUGAGCUCUGAUCUGGUGACCAGAGUGGAGUGCACAUAAAAGGGUCUAUUUUAAACAGAAACAUGAUGCGUUAUUGACCAACAGGCUAAUUUUCUACCUUCCACUUGUACAGUAUUGACACCUGACUGUUGCUUUGGUCAAGAUGCAUGCCUUAUUUUUUUACCCAGACAAAGAAAGGAUAAUGCAUACUCACAAUGCAUUCUACUUUUUUCACUUAAUGAAGGUCUAGAUUGACUCAUCAUGUUUUCAUUGUUUAGACUUACCUUUGAUUUUUUGGGGGGCUAUACCACUACUAAAGUAAGACAAGGUGUUCACUAGUGUAACUGCUUUAGAGAAAAUAAUUUAUGGAUGUAACUUUAGUGAACAUGAUGUGCCUCUGCCACUGUUUUUUCUGGUAAAUAACUGUAUUAAUUCUUUGACUGAAAUCCUUCAAAGGAAAGUGACAAUGUACUGCGGCCAUUUGCAACAUAUAACACCAAAAUGUAUAUUUGUAGUUUUAUGUACAUUUCUUAAUAUAAGAGCGGUAAAUGGUAAACAUAUGAUAGUUAUCUUAAAGUUAACUCCAUGGUUACAGUCAAAUGUAAGGCUACAACCUUUUAAUAUGAUCAUCUGAUAUGUUAAGUAAUUUGCUCUAACUUUCCCUGGAAUGACAACUCCCCCUAGUGGUCAGCACUGGUCAUAUCAUUUCCUAUGACUUGUAAACAACACUGUGAUAAACUCGGUUCUGGUAUCCUAUACUAUAGGAUUUUAAACGUUGUCAAAAAUCAGCUAUAUAUGUUAAUUUGCGUUGUACACCACUCAGCCAUGACAUAAAGACCAGCCAUGUAAUCAUGUGACGAUACCUUACAUGAGGUGAACGAAAUAUGAUCACCUUUCAUGUAAUGCACUCCAGUACACCACCACCAACACAAACUACGACUUCAGUGAUAAAUGUAAUCAAAGUAUGAGCAUUGUCCCGUCUAUUUCAGCAAUAACUGAAAUGCAACAACAAUUUGAGAAGCACCAAUCUAAACUCUAAUUUUUAAACCCUGUUUCUUAAGAUUUACGUAUAAUUACCUUAUACCUGUACUACUGUAAGCUGAGUGAGGGUAAUGUGUAAACGGCUGUCACUUGAUAAAGACUGGUGAAUGAUUUAUUUUAUAAUUUGUGAACACAAUGUGCCUUUUUUAAUUGUUACCAUGUUAAUACUAAUUUUCUGUAUUAUUUCUGUGCCCUUAAUCUUUAAAAAAACAAAAGAAGCUGACCAUGUACUGGGAACACUAUGGUAUUUGAAACAUAUUGAAUACAUACAUUGAUGAUGUUUGUAUAGUAAUGUAUGUACUGUGUUAUCUGACUGCAGAACUAUAGAUUGUAAUGUAAUAAACUGGAACACAUUCACAUGUGCUUUUAUCAGCUGAAGUAGGACACCACUAGAGGGAGACAUUUUCCAUUUCCAUUUCCAUUUACAGAGGUACACUCUGCAGUUCAUUGUGUUGAAUAAUCCUGACCUAUUGAUGCUGCCCCAAGCUUAUACUUGUACUAUACAAUUUUUGCUCCAAAAAGUUGUUCUCUCUAGUCUCAGUGUUACAGCAAAAGUUUCAUGUAAAUCUUUUUAAAAAUCAGUCUCUUUGUUUUUCCUGUUUUUUUGCGGUUGUGUACGCAUUAAGAAUUAACAUCCUCCAAUAAAUCAGAUACAUGUUGGGUGA